CUAUAGUUCAGCGCGAGCCGGGCGGAUCUUCCCCAGUUGCCCGGGAGCGCGAGCUGAGAGCGGUGCUGGUUCCAAUUAGCCGUCUGUUGUCGUUAUUUUUUUGUAAGGAAAAUUAUUAUAUACUGCUAGUAUUGUUAUUAUUAUUUUGCAGGUGCUGUUAGCGCUCCAGCUUAGUCACAGGUAAGUGAUGGUGGUGGAGGGAACCUAAAAUCUCUCCUUCCUUAGCACGGAGAAAGCUUGUUGCUUUAGGGAAGAAGGAUACGCUUGCAAAAAUGUUGCAACGGGGAAGACUUUGCAGAAAAGGAAAGGGGAGGGAGUCUCCAUUGCAAAUAUACGGGGGGGGGGCGUUCCAACUGGUUCUGUGAAGUCAGGACUUCCUUUAGCAGGGCGAACAAAGGACCGAGCUCGGGCAUCCCCCCCAAAAAAAAAUCAUUGUCCGAAGCUAAUAUGUCACUAGGAAGGUUACCAAGGUCCUCCGGUUAAGUCACAUUAUAGGCCUCUAAAACCAGCCCCCCAUCUCUCUUGAAAUCAAAGCAAUUUCAAGAUCAGAUAAAAGUUGCUGGCUCGUAUAGGUCCAGGGUGAGGUGGGUGCCUUCCUUCCUGCGGACUAGCCCCAUAAGGGCCUGGAUUCUGUAACUGUAAAGUGUGUGGUUAGAGGUAAACGGUGUUAGUCCCUUGGAGAAAAUGGGGUGUGGAAGAGAGGCCAUACAUUUCAAGUACACCCCCCUCCCUAAAAAAAAAAAAGAAACAUUGGAACUGUAGUUUAAGGUUGCUGGGAUUUAUUGUGGGGGCUGCUAUAAAUGUAUGGUGUGCAUGCAACCUCUAGACGCAUAAGUGGCAGAGUAGCUGUGCAAGGGAUGAUCUUGGGUAUCCUUUUUCCUCACCUUCCUACUUCCUCCCACAAAGGGUUAAUCCUGGCGUGAUUGACCCUCCCAAGGAAAGGAAGCUAGGAAAGCCCUCUCUAAGUAUUCUAGAGGCCCAUAAAACUAGCUGCCACCCUCCAAAAGUAAUAGUGACUUGAAGAUGGGGCUAGUUUAAUGACAAACCAGGAUGGAAACUUGUUACCUGUAGUGCUUUGCGUGGUCUGGGGGUGAGAGAAGUAUGGCCAGUGCAUGAUUCUACAGCGUGCACCAUGCUGUGAUCAGCUCCUUAUCUCUCUCCUCCCUAUCCACCUUGCUGGCCUUGCUUUCACUCAAUCAGGCCUAUGUGAAACACUGCAAGGAGCACUCGGAAGCCCACUGGUGUUUUUUUUUUAACCUUUCUUGAGCAGGAAGGAUAAAGGAGUGCCUUACCUAACACACUACCAAACACUUCCUCCUUCUCCUGCUCUUAGAACUUUGAUGCCUUCCUAGGGACCAGCCACAUAACAGAGGCCCUCAAAUUCUGUAACCCUGUCUGUGAAGUUCCCUGGUUACAUAAAAAUGUGAACGUAACUAAAAUACCAUCCUGUAGAAUUCCAAGACUGGGAGGAGGCAACUGGGUUAGGAGACAUGUGUGGCAGCAGGCUUCAUGUCUCUAGGCUAUCAUGCCUUGCAUGCCACAUUCCGCCCUGCAAAGCUGAGCAUUGAUUUAUGAGGGUGGCAGUUGCUGGGUUACACAGAAUGUUGCAGCCAUGUGCUAAAAACCGAAGGAAGGAAGGAAGACUUUUUUUUUUUUAAGCCUCAUGAUUCACACCCAACUUAACUGCCCCUCCUCUUCCUCCUUAACUACAAUGAGUAGGAGGAUCUGCGUCAUGGAUCGAUUGCACCAGAUGGACUCUCCCUUGGUGCAGGGAUAGGUUUUUGAUGCAGUCUUCCUCCUGGGAGCAGCCCUUUGAGUUUCUAAGAAGCUUAUUUAACCAUUUCCAGAGGAAGAGAUGUCUUGGUUUUGCUGCAAGUGCAACAGCUUUGUGGUGUCUGGAAGCCAUGCCUGAGGUCAAUUGCAUUUUCUUCUAAGGCCCCAUUGAUUGUAUCUGGUGCUAGUCCUACUCAGAGUAGACCCGCUGAAGUUGGUGGCCAUGACUAUAUGGCUCCUUUCAUUUAAAUGGGUCUACUCUGAGCAGAACUUAACAGAACUGCAUUUGGAGUGCAUUGCUUCCCUCAAAAGAAUCCUGGGAGCUGUAGGUCAGCCAGCAGAGCUACAGUUCCCUUUAACAAACUACAAUUCCCACGAUUCUUUGGGGGAAAUUAUAUGCUUUAAAUGUAUUGUGUGGACUUGAACUUAGGCUGCAAUCCUAACUGCACUUACCUCUGAGUGGAUAUGGUUAGCAUUGCAGCCUAGGAUUGCUGCAAGACUCUUCUGUUAUCUAAUGACGAAACCUGUACUGUUUGAGUAAUGAUUAAUAGUGGAUGUUGCACAGUUCCAUCUCUGCUUUGACCCUCUCUUGCAAAAGCAGCAGUCCUUCAUCUCUCCUUUCCCAAAUAUUGAAUGUUAGAUUCUUACAUCAGCUGCCUAGGGCACCUUCGUUUUUUAAAUAUUCCUGUACCCGAGCAUGACGUGUUCCCCAUUCUUAAAUAUCACCCAGAAAGGUGCAUCUCUUGCAUUUUGAAAACUAAUGUGAAUAAAGGAGAGUUUGGGGGAUGCUGUUCCUUGCUGCUUAGCUCUUCUAAGUGGUGACUAAAACAGCAUGAAAGAGUAACAAAACCCUGCCCAGAGCUCCUAUGCAGGCUUUGCAAAGAAGCUUCCAAAAGCUCUUAGCUCACAGAGGAUAAUAAUAAUAAUAAUAAUAAUAAUAAUAAUGCAUGCCACCCGUCAUUGGAAGAUCACAGGGCGGUUCACUACAAAAAAAUACAAAAUGGGAACACAAAAUAUAUAAUAAAACUUAAACAAACCAAUAACCACUCUCCCACAAACACAUUUAAAAGGCCAUAGAAUGUUAAUCAGCCAAAACUCUGGCUGAAGAGAAACGUUUUUGUCAGCCAGGCGCUUAAAUAUGUAACUAAGGUGCCAGGUGAGCCUCCCUAGGGAGAGCAUUCCACAGACUAGGCCCGUUCUUGUGUUGCCACCCUCCAGACCUCUUGUGGAGUGGGAACAUGAAGAAAGGCCUCAGUUCAGGGUAGCAUCUUGAAUGGAUUAAUAAGGCUGUUCCAGGUAGAGGGAGAAGCAUGGAAGCGAGCCAGAUGAAAAAUAGGGGAUUAGAGGAGAGGAAGAGGUGGAAAGAAGUCCUUGAAACAUCUGUGUUUUUUUUAAAAAAUGAAUUAAACCCAAGCUUAGUUUUCCUUCCUCUCUGGAUUCUAAUCGGCAGCUUUGGCAAAAAAGGUCAAUAGUUUGUUCCAAAGGGCACACCGUGUGGAGGUCAAAUCUGGUUUCCUUGAGGAAUCUAGGAACAUGUGGCUGGAUAGGGUGGAGAAGGACAGACAUUGAGCCAUCCUCAUUCCUGAGCUCAGUCUCCUCCUCUUUUUUUUUUUUUUUUUAAUUCAGUUACAUGAAAUGCUGAGUCACAGGGCAGAAUUAGACAUCUCGAGGCAGGCAGGAAAUGAUGCUCGCUGACUUUCAAACCCGCAGAUUCAGACGCAAAUGGAAGAGUCAGUUUUAUGUGGCUUGAACCAUGUGCCAUGAAACUUAUCAGGGGCCUCAGUUAGGAAUGGGGAACCUGCUGCCCUCAAGGUGAUGUUGGAGUAGAUCAUACCUGGCUAUUAUUGGCUGUGUUAGCUGGAAUCAAUUGGAGCUUAAUAAUUUCCACUUACUCUCAGUUUGGUUAAUUUGUCCUCUUGCUAAGGGCAGAAUUGUGUGUGCUUUGGGCCAGCGGUGGGGUGGGGAGCUCUGAUUUGUGUGACUUAUAUUAAUUGUGCAGGUUCAUGCAUGUUCGUCUCAAAAGUAUUUCCUUUGGGUGUGGCAAGGACACUAUAGGAAGCUGCCUUAUACUGAAUCAGACCACUGGCUCAGUGGCUUUCCAGGUUUUCAGACACUUCCAGCCUCCCUUGGAGAUACUGGGAAAUUGAACCCAGGACCCUUCUGCAUGUUCUGUUACUUGAGCUGUGAUGCUUCCCAAAUCCUGCUUGCCUCCUACCUGUUAGAAACGCAGGGAGCAGCGUUAUACUGAGUCAACCCACUGGUCCACCUAGCUGAAUUUUGUCUACACGGGCUGGCAGCAGCUCUCUAGGAUUUCAGAUAAGGGUUCUCUUUGACAUGCAAAGCAAAUGCGCUACCACUGAGGUAUGGCUCUUCCCCCUUCAUUCUUCACAGUUUCCAGAGUUUUUGUAGUCAGUAAGAGUAGCGAGGUGGGGAAAAGGGAAAUCUAGGGCUCCUGCCCCUUUAAUAGGUGUACAGAUGAGGGAAUUCCAGCAGUAGUAGCUUCUGCACACCUGUCUAAAGUGCAGAAGCUUCGCCACCUGUCCUUAUGCUCUUGAGGACUAGCUGCUUGAUCCCCCAUCCCCUUUGAAAGCUGAGGUCCUCUGGAGGACGCUGCAUUCCAUGCCUAACAGUGCAACCCAGCGAUUGUGGGAUAUUUGCAGAGUUAGUGCUGCAACUGUUGUGACUUUUUAAUCUUUUUAAAAAAGAUUUUUUUAAACGGUCCAGACUUCUUGGUAGAUAAUGGGUGCAUCUACUUUCUCCGUUCCAGUCUGUAAAUACCCACCAGCCUGGGUCCAGAGAGGCAGAAUGGGAAGACUGCAGACAGAGGGUUAAACAGAGAACUAGCUGGAUGCAGUUCUGAAUAGCUGCAGUGCUGCAAUGAUCUACGCCAGGCUGUGCAGGAAGGGGCGGGGCUUAGAGGGAGGUCGCUUGUUCAAGGACUUCUGAGCAAUAUUAAUGCCGCCUCAUCUUCGUAGCCUGGUUAGGCAGCUGGGCCGGCAUGCAGUGAGUAUCCUCUGCUGGGCAGAAGACUAAACAACCUUUUGCAUUAGCUGCUUCUGCUUCUUCUUUUUAAAAAACAACAACGAGGCAAGUUAUUAGGCAGUAGCUUUUGCAUAUAAGAGGCUUCCUGCAAAAAAAAAUCCAGAUACUUUUCAAAAGAGAAAGUGGGGAGUAUCAGCUUAGCAUUAAACACCGACUUUGCAAGGAUCCAUCUGGCUUUUUGCCUCGGGGAAUAGCUGGUUUGCAAAAGAUCAAAUAUAUCAAGGCUGUCCGAUCAAGGGAUUGGUGCAACUCCCAUACGAUGAAAGGAUUAUUAUAGUGCUUGGGAUUUUUUCAGUUUAGAGAAAAGGUGAGUGAGUGUGGGAGAGGAAAUGAUAGAGGCGUUUAAAAGCUCACACAGCCUGAAGAAAUCUAACACAGAGAUGGUUUUCUCCUCGCUCAUAUUAUUGGAGCCCAGUGUUGUCCAAUGAAGCUGAAUGUUGGGAGACUCUGGGCAGAUGGAAGAAAGUACUUCUUCACAACAGUGCAUAGUUAAACUCUGGAACUCACUGCCACAGGCUGCAGUGAUGGUCCUCAACCUAAUUCUCUUGCAAAGAGCAUUAGUCUUAGAGGGAGCGUAGAUGAUGCAGAGGCUGUAUUGCCCCGAACCGCUUCUGCAACUGAUUCCAGACUUGCAUGCUCCAUUAAAAACAAACAAACCCCCAGUUUCCACAAAAUUCAAGUCUUCCCAUGUUCUCAUUCUUCUCUGAAAGGAAUUGACCUUCUAAUGAAUAAUAACACUGGCAGUAGGCAGGCAACCAUAUAGCCCAAUUGAAUGUUAGUCCAGCAUUCUUAACGGCGACACCACACUGGUUUGGGGGCAGGCCGCAGUUUUUCAUGUGCAGAAAGUUUUGUGUUAGGUCAUACUUUUUUUAAAAAAAAACAACCUAUCAAUUCUUUUAUUUACCUGUUAAGAGAUAGUACAUAAUGUUUGUAUAGACAUGUGUUAGGUCAUAUUCACACCAUACAUUUAAGCACUAUGAUACUGCUUCCCCUGAGGAAUUCUGGGAGUUUAAGGGUGCUGAGAGUUACUCCCCUCACAGCGCUACAAUUCCCAGAGUUCCCUGGGUGAGAGGGACUGAGUCUCAAACCAUUUCGGAAACUGUAGCUCUGGCACCUCCUAACAACUCAACACCCAUGAACAAACUACAGCUCCCAAAAUUUGUUGUUUAAAGAAUGUUUAGUAACUGUUUAAGCCGGCCUCAUAGUGCUUUAAAUAGUGCCGGUGUGGCCCUUGGUGGAACAGUGGUCUAACUAUGUGUAAGAGUGGCUGGGGAAGCCCAGCCAGAUGGGCGGGGUAUAAAUUAUUAUUAUUAUUAUUAUUAUUAUUAUUAGACAGCUUCCUAUGUUGCUUGGGAAUCUUGGACCACCAAGGACACUGGUGGCCAUUGUGCUGUGUAUUUGGUUUUUGUUUUUUUUUUUAAGUUUAAAAAUACUGUUUUCUCCCUCUUCCUCCUCCUCAGACAAACAAAAUGUCCAUUCUCAAGAUCCAUGCUCGCGAAAUCUUUGACUCCCGUGGGAACCCCACUGUUGAGGUAGACCUGCACACCAGCAAAGGUAAGCUAACUCUGAAUGGCUGCUAUCCCCCUUGAGACCUCUUAGCAGUGGGUCCUUGGUUAGAUGGCACUUUAGGUCUGAUCUAAGUGGGUUCUCUACAGGGAAGAGUGAUAGCUCAGUGGAAGAACACCCGCUUUGCAUGCAGAAGGUCCCAGGUUCAAUCCUUUGCAUCUCCAGGUAGGCCUGGGAUACAACUUCAGAGCCACUGCUGGUCAGUGUAGAACCAGGGUUUCCCAAACUUGGAUCUCCAGCUGUUUUUGGACUACAAUUCCCAUCAUUCCUGACCACUGGUCUUGCUAGCUAGGGAUGAUCGGAGCUGUAGUCCAAAAACAGCUGGAGACCCAAGUUUGCGGAAACCCUGGUGUAGACAGUACUGAGCUCGAUGGGCAUUACUCUGUAAAGCAGAUUCCUAUGUACCUUUAUGUAUGAUUAUUUAAGAAUACACUUUCUGUUCUUGACAAAUGUUGGAUUGGUAUGUCCCACGGAGGAUCUUACAGUCUUCAAACAAAAACAUCUUGGAGGUCCCGGGCCACAGGGAGGUUAGGCUGGCUUCAACCAGAGCCAGGGCUUUUUCAGCUGUGGCCCCGAUCUGGUGGACCGCUCUGUCACAAGAGACUAGGGCCCUGCAGGACUUGACAUCUUUCCACAGGGCCUGCAAGACAGAGCGGCUGUUCCACCAGGCCUUUGGCCAAGUCACAGUCUGACCCCCUCCUUUGGUAAUCCUCAUAGAACUCUAGCCCAAUGGUUGCCAUUAAUUUGAUUCUGAAUUGAUUUUAGAAUGAACUGAUUUUAGAAUGUAUUUCAAUUAAUUGAUUGUGAUUUUGUGUAAACUGUGUUACUUUUACUGUUGUUAGCCGCUCUGAGCCCAGCUUCGGCUGCGGAGGGCGGGCUAUAAAUAAAAUUUUAUUAUUAUUAUUAUUAUUGAAGCCACCAAACUGGAAAAAUGAGCCUCUUGUUUUCCUCUAAACACAUUAUUUGUGGUUGACCUCCAUGGUUCAUUCAGGGGACAUAGAAGAGGGAUGGGGGUAAAGUCUCCGCCUCCAUUUCAUGUUUGAUUCUGGAGAACAUAAGGAGCUGCCUUAUUUCUGAGUCAAGCCAUUGAUCAUUUUCCCCCUUCAUUCUCUCCCCCACCAUCUGUUAUACAGCAAGGUUUUGUGGUGUAGUUUGAAGCCCAUACAGGAAAACUUGGUGUGUGUGGAGGGAGGGUGAGGGGCGGGACAGUCGAAUGUGUCAAAAUCUCCGCCACCCAGCAAACAGCAUUUUAAAGCUUGAAGAUAAAAAUAAAACUUCCAGCUGCUAUGAGUGUAGGAUGACAUCUUACUGUAGCCGUCCUUGGUGGACUGCAGCCAGUUGCUUCUGGCCUUGCAUUUUGGUGGCCUCUGUGGCAACCCGAUACACUGAAGAUAACCGAGAAGGCAGGGCAGUUGAGUGUAUGUGAAGUGGGGGGAGAAUGGUCCCUUGAAACGGCUCAAGGAUAAAUCUUCUGAGCCAGGUUGGAGGGUUGGCUGAGUGCAGUGGGGGCCGGUAUAACUUGCGUUCUCUUUUCUGAUUGGCUGAGUCUAGGCAUGUGGCGGAACAAAGUGGUAGAGGGCUGUACCAUUUUGGCCUGCAGCUGAGGUUUCCCAUUUCCCACACCUCCCUGCAAGCAGAAAAUGAGCAUAGCAAGGGUGAAAUGUUCAGACCUAGCCCUUUGCACAGUUGCUACUUUUCUCCUUGCAGAUGGCCUUUUGUUUUGCCAUUUUGCAGUGAGAUGGCAGUGUGAAUUGGGGCUUUCCCAGAAUUUUUGCCUCCAUCCAUCGGGCCUUAAAAUUUAGGGGAAUGUUUUAUUCUCCAAGUGUUAGCUAGCAUAGUGAAUCCAGGACAGCUGUGGGUGCCAUGGUGUUCUUGAGGUCUUUCCCUGGGGCCCACAAAGCCUUUGAGCCCUCCCUUCCCAUUCACUGCCCCUCUGGUCCAGGAGGAUGUGAAGGUGGUUUCUUUUUUUCUCCCUUGAAAAGCGCAUGGAACUAAUUUGGAAGAGUGCCUCUUUCCAACUUCCUCAGUUCAUCUCCUAUGUGCUUUUCAAAGCUCAGAUUAAUUUUUCUGCAUCUGACCUUUUCCCAGAUCCCUUGGAAAAGUAAAAUGUGUGUGCAGUUUUCUAUUUAUGUUGUAUGGUUGGUGACCCCAAAUCUACUCUCCUUAGAUGGCUUUAAAAGAGGAUUAAAUAAAUUCAUAGAGGAUAAGGCUACCAGCCACAAGAGAGCUACACUUCCCAGAGUUCCCUGCAAAGGACAGAUUUUAAAAACACACUGAGAGUUGUAGCUCUAUGAGGGGAAUAAAAGGUAAAGGAAACGCCGUUUACCUUCCCGCCAGAGCGGUGCCUAUUUAUCUACUUGCACUUUGACGUGCUUUCGAACUGCUAGGUUGGCAGGAGCUGGGACCAAACGACGGGAGCUCACUCCGUCGCGGGGAUUCGAACUGCCGACCUUCUGAUCAGCAAGUCCUAGGCUCUGUGGUUUAACCCACAGCGCCACCUACGUCCCUCAUGAGGGGAAUAAGGGUUUCCUAACAACUCUCAGCACCCUUACCAAACGCCACUUUCCAGGAUUCUAUGGGAGAUGCCAUGACUGCUUUAAAUUUAUAGUGCAGAUGUCAUUUCUUAGUGCUUGCUUGGGGAUAAAGCCCCCAUGUUGGCUGGACAAAUGCCCAUUUUCCUCUUUUACAAGCCAGAGCUCUCCAGCCUUGAGAUGCCAACUCUCCCCGCCCAACGGAGGCUCAUUAGGGCGACCCUCUCUUGAUUUUGACCAGAGGGAGGCCGCCCUCCCUGCCUAGCCUGCAAAUGCUAUUGUCUGUGCUCAGUUUGUGCUUUGCACAAAGGAAGUGUCCUUGGAGCAGCAAUAACAAAAGGCACAGUGGCCAGCAGAGAGAAAGGGAGGGAGAUGUGAACCGACAGAGGCCUCUCAGCGCAAGAAGCGGCGGAGCGGAGUUUUUCUUUCUUUUCUCUUUUUAAAAAAGGGCAACCCCAAUUAUAGCAGAAUUGCAAGCGAGCCCUGUCAGGGAUUCCAAAUGAGAUCCUUCCAAAACAGGAGCUAUCAUUAGGCUACACAGGAAGGAGGCAUCUGGAGGGCAACAGAGAAAUAGUUGCUGCUUCCUGUUGGGACACCAGACCUAGCCACAAAGCAUCGUGUGUGUCUUGUGUCUAAAUAAAGGGGAAGGUAAAUAAAGGGACACAGAAGGAGGACGCAUAAUUGGGUGGGCACAGCCUGUGUUAGAGGAAGGCACAGAAUAGGUGGCCAGGUGCCAGGUCUGGAGACACACAGCGGCCCUUUGAAUCCCACCCUCUCCCAGGGACUCGAGGUGUGCACUAAUCUGGCCUGCUCUGAAUGAACAAACACUGUCCGUCUGUAAAAAGCUUUAUCUGAGAGUUCAUUAAAGUGGCAACCAACCUUUGAGGCACUGCUAUGUCAGGGGCAGGGGAUCUCAGCCCCAGAGGCCCAAAUGCAGCCCUUCAGUCCUCUCUGCCUGACCCUUGAGACUGUCUCCAAGCCAUGCCUUGCUUCUCACGCUCCCUGAGUGUUUUUGCGUGGCUGAAAUAGGUCCUUGAGCUUUGAUGCCUCUUGCUUGCCUGAAGAGAAUAGAGAAAGGGGUGUGUGGAAGCCAGCCUACAGUACAAAGGUAAAACUGGCAUCCUUUGCCCCUCCCACUUUGCUUCAUGCCCCUCCCACCAUGGGCAGGGGGACACCACCACCUGCCUGCAAAGGUUGAAAGGAAUGCUGAGCUACAAAGCCUCCACCCACGUGAUUUGAGGUCUUCCUGCCUUUAAUCUGCUGCUGAGCUAUCAGGCAGGAGCUCAGGCCCCACUAGGCUGCAGCCAACCCCAGCGGCCGUCCUGCCCCAUCACAGUUUUAGGUGGUCACAGUGGAGCUGGAAGAGGAAGUUGGCAGAGCGACGCUUUCCCCCACUUCCUCUUUCAUCUCUAUGUUCCUUUCCAGUCUCCACUGUGAGAUGGUUCUGUGCAAAUGUUUCUCUUUCAUCCCAGAGCUUGCCAGGACCAAUACUGUUUUUUCCUUCUUCUCCAGGUCUCUUCAGAGCUGCUGUUCCAAGUGGAGCUUCGACUGGGAUCUAUGAAGCCCUGGAACUGCGCGACAAUGACAAGACUCGUUUCCUGGGGAAAGGUAAAGCUUUCCUGGUGUGGUGAAUGCACUAGUUGUUUUUUCUCUUUUGCUCUCCCAACUUGGUGCUUCUGGGUGUUGUUCCACAGAUGCUCCUUCUACUGCUCUUUUUGCCCCCCGCCCCCGGUUUGUGUCUCCCAGCUACGGCCGAGAUUCUGCAAAGGGCAUUGCAUAAGGGACCCUUUCCCAUGGCCUUGCAAAGUUGGUGCAUUCAAGCUUUGCUGCCUUCCUCCCUGCAUGCAAAAAUAGUUUUGGUGAUGUGGCAAUGAGGUGUCAACGUUCUGACUGAAAUGGCUUGGUUUAUAAUCCAUACAGCUGUGCCUAAACUCUCCAGGUUAUUUGGACUGCUGUUCCCAUCAUUCUUGGCUUUGAGGGAGGAGCCCCCACACAUCCACUCACCUGUCCUUGGUGGGAAAAGGUAGCAGGUGCAGGAGGGGAGUGGCUUAAAUCCAGCAAUAUCUGGAGGGCACUGGGUUGGGGAAGGCUGAUGUGCAACACAGCCUUUCAAUUAAGCCGGUCCCUGUCCCCAAACGAAUUUGUAAUCUAAAACGGACACAAAUAGAGAAAUGGAAGAAAGUUAAAAAGGGAGUUAACAUGUCACCUGCUGGCUCGUGCAGAGAGUCUCCCUAGGUUUCCACAGAGCGGUCAGCCUGGUGCCUCUGGAAUGAAUGCUGGCAAAUGUACUUAAAAGCAAUGGGUUUGUAUCCAGCUACAUUUUGCUCAGAGUGGAUCCAUUUAAAUAAAUGAACCUAAGUUCGUGCCCGUAAUAUGUCAGCUUUGACCAGGACUAACAUCUGAUACAACAGCCCGUAAGGCUUAAGGAGGGAUUGCUAACUAAAGUUAUAUUCCACUUUCUUAAACACUUCCAAGUGGUUCACAAAAGAUAAUCCAAGACAUUUAUUUAAAAAUACACCAAUAAAAGCAAACAUUAAAAGCAAGUUACAUUUAAAAAAUAAUAAUUCUGUGGGUGUAAUUAUAUAUAAAUCUAGUACUGAUUUAAAACUACUGGGUUGCAUUCAACUAACUUUCAUUCAGAGUAGAAACAUUGAAAAUUAGUAGCCAUGAGUAGCUUAGGGGUCCAUUGAUUUCAAUGUCUGAACCGGCACAUAGACCCUGUGGUUGCAGCCAUUGCUCGGUCUCCAGAGGCUGUUUGCAUCAUGGAGCCAGAGCUUCAGCUGGAAGGACAAGAAAAGAAAGCAGGGAAGUAUCUGUAAGCCAUGCUUUGGCUGCUGCUCUUUUGGCUACGGUUUGAGCUGCUUAAUCUAUAGUUGGCGCAGACCACAGGUGGAUGGUGAUGCCUGACAUGAGCUACUGUUAAACGAAGCCUUCCUGGUUUUGUCAGGUUUGCAUGGACCUAAAGCCUCUUCCUCUUUCCUGCUCCCCACUCCUGAUUAUGGGUCCUCUGGUCAUUUUUGCUGUGAAUCCCUGCCCCCCCUUGCAUGCUGCUGCUGCUGCUUUUGUGGUCUCUUGUGGGCGUUCAUCUUUCUCUCUCCCUUCUUUCUCCUUUCUCCCGUCUCUCUCUUCCCUCCUCGUCCACUCGGUUCCCACCAGGCGUCUCCCGAGCAGUUAAAUAUGUUAACGAAUUCCUGGCGCCGGCACUGUGUACUCAGGUAAAGGAUGUGUGCUUGCAACCUGGCCUGACUCCAGGCAGGCUCCUCCUCUGUGCAUGGUCUAUGGGACUAACCUUCCGGCAGGCAUUCCUAGACGAUGGCUAUUCCCUCAGUGACAUAAUUUUGUCUGUUUUUAAAAAAAGGACUAGUGUGCUGCACCCCUUUAAUGUAUAUCUUGUCUUGAGGGCUAGGUGGUUGGGGCUGUAAUGGCAAGUGAUCCUCUACUAAUGCCUGCUUUUGCCUUUGGUGGAUUGGAUUAGUGAUUGAUUUGCUUGUUCCUUCCAGGUGUCUCAAAAGCUGUUGAGCACGUCAAUAAAACAAUUGCCCCUGCACUGGUUAACAAGGUAGGAGCCUUCCUUAUUUCACUAACCCCUCUAGCGCAAGUGUAGCCGUUCCUAGUCUCUUUAACGUUCUUUUUAUGGGUGAGAAAGCCAGCAUAAUACUAAGCUCCUUACCGUCGUCAGCGAAUGGCCCUCUUUUGGAUGCAUGAACACGAAAGCAUGUUUGAGAAGUGCUGUGGGAAUUCUAAAACGGCAUGAAAUAAUGUUACGGAUGGAAAACUGCUUGCAGUUCCCGAGUCCUGCCUUAAGAAUGUUUCCCAGUGCACCAGAUUUAUUUUGUAGCUCUCCCUCCUUGCAAGCUAAUUUGGGGGGUGUUCAGCUUGGUGGUCCGUAAGGGAGCUUAACGUCUCUGCCCCCACCCCAGUCUUCCCCGAUGGCCUGUGUGGAUCUAUUUAGUCAAAAGGGGUUUUACUUGGUUUAAUUCAGUGUUGCCGCCCUGUUUGUUAAUUGGGUCCUUUGCCUUUGAGAGCAGCUUGAUCUGCAGACAUUACCGAUCAAGCUGUUUGUUGUUGUUUUUUAAAAACCACAUGAGCUGCCUAGGCUGUUUUUCUAUUUAGCUGGCAAUUUUCAAUUCUUAAUUGAGGUGAAGUGUGCUAAAAUAAAGUGAAGGGGUUGCCUCUCCUUGGUGUGUUGUUUGGAUCAUCUAUCCCUAACCAAUGGCAAGUGUCCGCAGGGAGAUUAGUUAUGACUAAGUCAGGAUGAGGUUUCCUUCCCGGUGGGUUGUUUUGGUUGCCUUACCUCUUCUCCUCUUCCCUGCAGAACAUCAGUGUUGUAGAGCAGGAGAAGAUUGACAAGCUGAUGCUGGAUAUGGACGGGUCAGAGAACAAAUGUAAGUGGAAUGGUUGGACAAGUGUACGUUUGUGAUUUUGCAGCCAUGAAUGCUCUGGGUUGGGUCCAAGAGCAAGUAAACUGUUGUGCUAGUGAGUUUGAGAGGUGCUCCUCAGGUGAUUCUCAGCCUCUCUGCUGCCUGAAAGAUUUGUAGCACAAUAAAAGAAGUCACAGUUCCUUCAUAAAUGCUGCAGCUAACCACACCCGAGUUGAGAACAACCAUAGCUCAGUGGUGGAGCAGCUGCUUUGCAUGCAGAACCUCAGAUUCAAUUGCCAACAUCUCCAGGUAGGGCUAGGAAUGUUCCCUUUCUGGGAACCCUGGAGAGCUGCUGCCCAUCAGGGUAGGCAAGGCUGAGAUGGAUGCGCUUAAUGGUCUGAUGCAUCACAAGACUGUUUCCUAUGAUUCCUAUGCACAUUUUAUUGGAGAGAAAGUGCUUUUGCUAGAAAGGAGUCUAGGUUUGGAAAUAUUCCUCUUGCAUUGUUUUACUAUAAUCAUCCAUCUCCUACUAAAUGUAAGGAAAGAAAAACAUAGUGGACUGAGCCAGGUGUUUGUUUAUUUGCACUUUCCUAUGAUUGAAAAUCUGCAAGAGGUUUACAGUAAAAUGACCAAAAAAAAAGGAACAGCAUUCAAUAAAAUUUCCUAAAACCUGGAUGAAAACAAACACAAUUUCAUACCUCAAAUAAAACCAGUGUUUCAAAUUGACUUGAUUUUAAAUUUUGUAAACAAAUGAUACAUUUUCUCUCGCAGUUUUGUUGUUAAACAUUUUAUUUUUAUUAAUUUUUAAAAAAUAAUAUAGCAUUUAUUAAAUCACCCUCAACAUACGCGGUUCAAGGCAAUGUAUAAAAUACAGUGCAAUAAAAACAGUCCAGAAAGCAGAUUAACAUAAAAGACUAUGCCAAGUAGACACAGCAGCUUGGAAAGCGUCUUGGAACAAAAGUGUUUCCAGUUGUUUCUAGAAAGUGCAGAGAGUGGGGUGCCUAUCAUGGGUGCUGGGCGUAUCUUGAAAGAAAUGCUGUUCCACAGAAUGGGGUAGCCACACUGAAGGCCCUGCUCCAAGUCAUUGUGGAGUGGGCUUCUGAGAUCUUGGAACUUACAGGAGAAUCUCUUCUGCGGACUGCAGAGACUUGCUGGACAUGUAAGGAACCAUGCAGUCUCUCAAGUAACCUCUUUUUCUUACUAUCUUAGCCAAGUUUGGUGCAAAUGCAAUUCUGGGCGUCUCCCUGGCUGUCUGCAAGGCUGGUGCUGCUGAGAAGGGGGUCCCCUUGUACCGCCACAUUGCUGAUCUGGCUGGGAACCAGGACGUCAUUCUGCCAGUCCCUGUAAGUUUUCCUUUGUUGCCAUUCUGCAAAGGAGGCAAGAUCUGGUGCAGACAAAACAGCUCUCUUCCUCCCACCUAGCCAUAUGGAGGGGCAGUGGCUUUUGUGAAUUAAGGGUGGAAAAACAGCAAACAUGUUGGAUUUUCAGAGUUCAGUGGCUCUCCUCUUGUUAAGAACCUGACUGCUGGAUCAGCCCAUCUAAUCCAACAUCCUGUUUCUCACGGUGGCCAACCAGAUGGCUUUCCCCUGAAAUAAUCCAGGGAACUGGUUUCCUAAGGGUACUGAGAAUUGUUCAGGGAAACCCUACUCCUCUUGCCGAGCUACAAUUCCCAAGAGUUCCUUGGGAAUAGGGGUUGGUGGUAGAACCACUCUGAGGAUUGUAACUCUGGGAGGAAAACGACUCUCAGCACCUUGAGCAAGCCACAGUUCCCUGGAUUCUUUAAGUUAAUCAAUUGAUUGUUUUCAUGCAUAUUGUAUUUAUGAUGUUAGCCGGUCUGAGCCCGGCUCUGGCCGGGGAGGGCGGGGUACAAAUAACAAUUUAUUAUUAUAAUUAUAGGGGAAAGCCAUGAGUAGUAUGAUACUGUAAACAUCAAAAGCACAGUUGGUGGCAACCCAAGAGGGAGCCAUUUCUGUGAUGGCUCCUGUAUUGUGUGAAUUCACUCCUAAGAGAGUUAAUAUAAUAAUAAUCGUAUAAUAAUUUAUUAUUUAUACCCCGUCCAUCUGGCACCUUCCUGUUCAGACAGGCCCUUGAAAACUAAGGUGCAGAUGAUGUUGAUCACUGGGCAGCUGUCAAAGCAAACUAUGUUUUAAUUGCUGGUUCUAAAUGCGUGUUUGAUGUAUUUUAAUUAUUGGUUUUUUAACUCAUUUGUGUUUUUUUACUUUGUAAUUUAUAAUGAUGUUUUUAAAAGUUGGAAGCUGCCUUGAAUCCAAGGAGAAAAAGCAGGAUAGAAAUAAAAAAUAAUGAUGAUAAUAAUAAUAAGCGAACAAUGUAAAUGGGGCUUUCUUUGGGAGAGAUUGCAUUGCUGGAGCAUUAACCUCUUGGGUUUUCUUUCCCCCUUUCGUCUUGCCCACCUUCCAGGCCUUCAAUGUGAUCAAUGGCGGUUCCCACGCUGGUAACAAGCUGGCCAUGCAGGAGUUCAUGAUCCUCCCUGUUGGGGCCGAAAGCUUCAAGGAAGCCAUGCGCAUUGGCGCCGAGGUGUACCACAACCUGAAGAACGUCAUUAAGGAGAAGUAUGGGAAAGAUGCUACCAACGUGGGUGAUGAGGGUGGCUUUGCACCCAACAUCUUGGAGAACAAAGAAGGUAAUGGAUUGAUCGGCUCUUUGCUACCUUAUUGAGUUGGUGUGUAGAGUCCAUGCAGACAACCAACAGCUAUGUCCUUCCCUGCAAGGAUGGUUACAACAUCUGGGGCUUUCUAGUUCACAGAAAAGGCAAGGUUGCAGGUGUCAGUGCAGUAAGAAAGACAGUAUCCCAUUUAGGGUGGGAGGUUGAGGGGGAGGCAUUUUUGGUUUAGAGCAGAUGUGGGGUAGCUUUGUCCCUCCAGAUAUUGCUGAACUGCAACCCUCAUCAUCCCUGGCCAUUGGCCAGUUCAGAAUUGUAGUUCAGAAACAUCUGGAGGGGCCAAAGGUGCCCCACACAAAACUGGUUAGAGAUAAGGAGAGUGUGCAGGCUACCGGUGUGUCUUUCCCUACGAGGAAAUGUUCCACAACAUUGGGGGCUUUUUAAUCUGGAGAAAAGACAAGUAAGGGGAGACUUAUGAUACAGUGGUACCUUGUUUUACAUAUGAAUGUAUGCUUCGGGUUAUGAGGUCCGCUAACCCGGAAGUAGAUGCCCCCGGUUGCGACCUUUGCCCCGGGAUGCGAGCGGAAGUCGUGCGCCGGGAGCAGCAGGAGGCUCCAUUAGUGAACGCGUGCCUCAUGUUACGAGCAGUUUCGGUUUACAAACGGACCUCCGGAACAGAUUAAGUACGUAACACGGGGUACCACUGUAGUGGUUUGUAAAAUUAUGCAGUGUUCAGAAAGUGGAUAGAGGAAAGCUUUUCUCCCUCAUAGUGCACAAUGUGCAGUGAUCACUCUACUGUUAAGCACUUUAGCGUUAAAUCCAUCUGGAUUUCUGCUUUUGGGCAUAGCUGCUUUGCGAAGGAUCGGAUGCAUAAAACCUUUUUGGACAAGGAAAGGUUCCAGCAUUGGAGCUUUUCUGUUUAGAGAAAAGGCAAGCAAAAUAGGUGGCAUGAGAGAGUUGUAUAAAAUUACACAUAGCCCGAAGAAAUUAGAUAAAUAUUUUUUUUCCUCCCUCAUAAUAACUAGAACCGAGUGGGGCCAAUGGAAGUGGGGAGAGUUGCUGUCACACUCAGGCCCUCCUUAUGGUAUUCCUUUUGGAGCAUAGAAUCCUAGAACUGUAGAGUUAGAAGGGAACCCAUGGAUCAUCUAGUCCAGCCCGCUGCAAUGCAGGGCAUCUGGUUGGCCACUCUGAGAGCAGGGUGCUGCAUUAGGUGGGCCUUUCUUGGCCUGAUACUUGGUGGGGCAGCUGGCACUGAGUGAACCUCCCUGCAGCCAGGAGGAACGGAACUCUGUGACCCUUCCCUCUCUGUCUCUCCGGUGUCACACAGCUGCUGAGGCAGCGUGAAUCCCCCCAGGAGGUAGGCGAGAAUUGCUUUCGAGCAAUGCGGAAAACUCGCUGAUGGCUGCUUACACGUUUUAUUUGUAAUACCACCCGGCCAUGCUGUGUCACUCCAGGCUAUUUACUGUACAGGAAGACAGGUUCUGUUGGCUGCUGUGGGCCUCUUUGGGGGCUACAAGUAGCACUUCCUGCCUCUCUCCCAGCCAAGUUGGCAGCUGAGGGCCUCAGUAGCUGGGUCUUCCCCGUCUGAAAUAGACUUGCUGUUGCUGGGGAGAGCAGGGAGAUGUGUAACUGGAACCACCUUGAGUGGGCUUUGGAAGGAUUCCCCCCAUCUCUUUCCCCUGCCUUACCGAGACCUAAGAACAUAAGAGCCUACUGAAUCAGGCCACUGGUCCAUCGAGUCCAAUCUCCUAUUCUCACAGUGGCCAACCAGAUGUCUUUUAGAAGCCUGCAAGCCAUCAAAAGUUGGUGGCCAUCACUGUCUCCUGUUGGAAUGAGUCCCAUAGUUUGGGAUUUCUUUGCCACUAGCAAAAUGCUCUGUAGGGCCAAUGUACCCCCUGCUCUAAUCCCAAAGGUUCUUUCAUCAGGCCCUGUUUUGGAUGUGCUAAACUGGGUGUCGUGUUCUGGCAAUUGGGGACCUUCUUUGAUGACGCUUGUGGAGAAAGGAGAUACCGACUCAUGAGAGCUUUCCCAUUUUAGAGCAAAUGCUUACGAUUUCAAAAGUCUUCUUUUCUGUAUGUGCAGAACAAGUAACUUUAUGUCUUGUUUUUAGUACCCUUUACUCAAAGCAAUGCACGAGAUAAAAAGGCAGCACUUGGAUCAUAAAAUGAACUGAAUACAAACCUUGGAUGAUGAACCUUUCUGUUCAAAAACCCCCAAUUCUGUUGCUGUCCUCCUCCUCAGCUCUGGAACUGCUCAAGACUGCCAUCAGCAAGGCUGGCUACACUGACAAGAUUGUCAUUGGGAUGGACGUGGCGGCUUCCGAAUUCUAUCGCGAUGGGAAAUACGACCUGGACUUCAAGUCCCCUGAUGAUCCCAGCAGAUACAUCACUCCUGACCAGCUGGCUGACCUCUAUAAGGGUUUUGUCAAGAAUUACCCAUGUGAGUGCAAGGGCCAUAUUCCUUCUGAAGGCCACACGCUGUUGGUGGGCAGAGUGGGAGGCACAAGAAGGUGGAGAACCAUUGUCACCUUGAGCGGUGACAGGGAGGACUGUGCGACACCAAGCACAUGAGAAAGGCCACACAUUUGCUGGGUAUGUAACUGGUAAACCACCCGCCUGAGUAACAUUGUCCUUCUCUUGCCCCCACCCCAAUGGCCAGUGGUUUCCAUUGAAGACCCAUUUGACCAAGAUGACUGGGCUGCUUGGAAGAAGUUCACCGCCAGCGCAGGCAUCCAGGUUGUUGGUGACGACCUGACGGUUACCAACCCAAAGCGCAUUGCCAAAGCCGUGGAAGAGAAGUCCUGCAACUGCCUGCUGCUGAAAGUCAACCAGAUCGGCUCUGUCACAGAGUCGCUCCAGGCGUAAGUCUUUCCCUUGCUUUUCUCAGGGGAGGAAAUGGCAGUUGAGCAGGAAGCGGAAUAACUGGAGAGCAGGAGUGGGCAGAUACUUUGCAGCAGGGGGCAGCAACCUUUUUCAGCUGUGGGCUGGUCCUGUGAUGGUUUGUGUAUGCUCUUCGCAAUAAGCAUCCUCUGCUCACUCAGAGAGAUAUUUACAGUUCUUUAUUUUACAUAUGUACAAGCAGCACAGUGCAAUCAUGCAUCCGAAUUGUCCAGUUCAGAUUCGGGGAGUGGUCUUCUCCUGCUUCUCCUCCAACAGAAAAGGCUGGGGAGCUUCAUGGGACAUCUCUGAUCCCUGCACUUUAACCCUCUCCUUUCCUGUGCCAGAGGCACAGGCAUAGGCUCUCUGUUUGUUCCUGAACUCCCUGUGUGGUGCUGGGGCUCUGCUUCAGCAUCGGAGAGCCUUCCCGCCUCCUGGCUCUCUCCCUCUUCCCCUUCCGUCACUUCCUCUCUGUCUCCUUCUGAUUGUUCCCGCUCUGACUUUUAUCCUCCCCCAGAUUCAAAGGCGUUCUUUGGCAGUCCCGUGACAGGUCCACCGUCCCUCAGACCAUGUGGUGGGCCGGACUAUAUUUUGGGAAAAAAAUAUAUGAACAAAUUCCUAUGCCCCACAAAUAACCCAGAGAUGCAUUUUAAAUAAAAGGACACAUUCUACUUAUGUAAAAACUCACUGAUUCCUGGACCGUCCGCAGGCCGGAUUGAGAAGGCGAUUGGGCCGCAUCCGGCCCACGGGCCUUAGGUUGCCUACCCCUGCUUUACAGGCUUGCUCAGCAGGUGUAGUGGUUUGUCCCAGAGCCCUCCCCAUCAGCAUUAAAAACGGGGAGCUUUUUAACCACGGGGAGGUGGAGUCUUCUCAUGCUUUGUGCUGAUUAGAGCCAAUCGGAGUCAAAGGAAGGUGAAUCGUCCACUAAGGAUUGGCUCUCUGCUAGGGUCACUCUGGAGAAGGCGCAUGGGAAGAUCACCGAUGAGGAGUUGAUCUGUAUGCUCCAAAGCUAAGCAUUAAGAAACACUGAAAACACAAGGUGUUUAGUUUGCUGGUUCUGUUACGCACAAUGGAACCUCCAGGAAAACAACUUAAGUCAUUCUGAAAGAAGAUAUUGGAACACUUGUGCAUACACAAGACAUAGUAGAUCUAGCUGAAAGGGACUAUGUGCAGAUCUGCAAACAGUUGGGGGUCAAGGGCAACUGCUGCUAAGUAGACAAUACUUAACAUGAUGGACUAAUAGUCUGGAGUGGUAUAAAGCUAUUACCUGUCUGCUCCAUGUCUUCUCUGAACUCGCACAGUCACCUUGUUAAAGACAGAAGUGCAGAUGCACAUAAAUAAGGCAAUCUUGAAAUGGCUGGUGCCAAGCAAGGGGAGCGACUCAGUUGGCUCUUGUAUGUAGUCUCAAUAGCCUGCUUAUAAAAUGACUCAAUUUCUAGCAUCUCUUGUCUUCCUGUUGCAGCUGCAAGCUUGCCCAGUCCAAUGGCUGGGGUGUGAUGGUGAGCCAUCGUUCUGGGGAGACUGAAGACACCUUCAUUGCUGACCUGGUGGUUGGGCUGUGCACUGGACAGGUGAGUGUUUCCUUGCUGAGGUGGCUGCUUUUGCUUUCCAGUUGCAGGGCAAGGUGGGAAGGGAGAACCUGUGUCCCUUCUGGAACAUGGUGGCAUGCACUCCCAACUGGCAUUGGCCAAAGUUCAUGGAUUAUUGGAGUGCAGCAACAGUUGGGGAGGCCACACGUCUAGGCAUGCAGAGAAGGCUGGCUUACAUAGGCUUAGAAGUCUGCUUUUAAGUACAGUGGACGCUCGGGUUGCGAACGUGAUCCGUGCGGGAUGCACAUUCACAACCCGCAGCAGCGCGUCUGUUCACGCACAGGUUGCGAUUCAGCGCUUCUGCACAUGCGCAACCGCCGAAACCCAGAAGUAACCCGUUCCGGUACUUCCGGGUUUCAGCGGGUCUGUAACCCGGAAAAACGCAACCUGAAGCGUCUGUAACCCGAGGUAUGACUGUAUUAGUAUCAUCAUUUCCAUUUCUAGACUGCUGAAUAUCUCUAAGAUCUCGAAGCUAAAAAUGCUGAACGUUGUAGCCCUUGUUGGCCAUACUCAGAGAAAACCCAUUGACAUCAAAGGGCAUGACUGACUUACCGUAGAUCCAUUAAUUUCAAUGUGUCUACUUUGGGUAGGGUUUGGAUAUCUAAAACCCAUAAAUAUAUACACGGAAUAAAUUCAACAAUGUUGUGUCAAAUUUUACGUACUUUAAAAAAUUACACCAGCAGUAUCCACCAUAACAGUAUUGAGAUAAGUUAACUCUAGACAGCUUAAUGUAAAAUCCCAACCCACAGAAAGCACACCAUUUAUAAAAUUGUGGAAUUGUAGUGUUGGAAGGGAACAGGAGGGGUCAUCUAGUCCAACCCCCAGCAAUGCAGGAAUCUUCUACCCAUUGUGGGGCUUGAACCCACAACCUGAGAUUAUGGAUUUCAGGCUUUACCAACUGAGCUAUUGCUGCCUCCAAACAGCCUCUCCCAAAUUCUCACUCUUGUUACAUUUUCCCACAAUCCCUGCCAUCAUUUGCUACCUUGUAUGUUCAUUAGGUAGGCAGGAGGAUAGGAUUGGAAGCGGGGAGGGAUAAUUCUGUUUCGUGUUUAUUGUUUCUUGCUUAAUUUCUCUCUCCACAGAUCAAGACUGGUGCUCCCUGUCGGUCUGAACGUCUAGCCAAAUAUAACCAGCUUCUGAGGUAAGGAUUAAGUUGAGGAAUUUGGGCUUGUUUAAAUGUACAGUAAGGGACCCGGGUGGUGCUGUGGGUUAAACUACAGAGCCUAGGACUUGCCAAUCAGAAGGUUGGCGGUUCGAAUCCCUGCGACGGGGUGAGCUCCCGUUGCUCGGUCCCAGCUCCUGCCAACCUAGCAGUUCAAAAGCACAUCAGAGUGCAAGUAGAUAAAUAGGUACCGCUCCGGCGGGAAGAUAAACACCGUUUCCGUGCGCUGCUCUGGUUUGCCAGAAGCGGCUUAGUCAUGCUGGCCACAUGACUCGGAAGCUGUACGCUGGCUCCCUCGGCCAGUAAAGCCAGAGUCGGUCACGAGUGGACCUAAUGGUCAGGGGUCCCUUUACCUUUACUUUAGAUGUACAGUAUAUUGAAGUGUGUUGAGGGAAGUAGAUCAUAUCUGUUGGCCCUGUUUUAUGGCAUGCGCUGCACAGGAGACUAUGUGUUAAUACAGUGCACAUGAAAUGGAAUUUCAUGUCCAGAAAUGAUUUACAGAACAGAAAAUACAAAAAAAUGCAGGAAUAUCGACAUUGGUUGAAACAAUGAUUGAUAACGGAAUUGUUUUAUUCCUUUUGUAAACUUAGAGGGUUGGAGUGGUGGUUUCCAAUUAAGCAGUAUAUAAAUGUUAUGAAAGGAAAUAAAUUAAAACACCACCUGGAAUAUCUUACCAACAUGCUUGUUAAAGUUGCAGUUUGUUUAGGGUGCUGAGAGUUGUCAGGAGAUCCCCAUGUCCCUUCACAUUUACAAAUUUCCAGAGUGGUUUAACACACAAUCCCUCUUCACAGGCAAUUGUAACUCUGUCAGGGGGACAGGGGUUUCCCCAAUUCCUCUCAGCCCUCUGAACUCCGCAAACUGAAGCUCCCAGAAUUCUUUGGGGGAAGACAUCACAGUGCAAAGUGCACUGGAGCAACUCCUAGGCACCAAAAUAUUUGAGGGGUCGGGGUCUCCCAAAGUUGAUGAAUAUUGUCAUUCAUUUGAUGUUCGUGCGCCACACCUUGUGAUCGAUGAUGCGGGAUGGGGCUUGCCUCCCCCCCCCCAAUAUUUUAUUCAAGUUGGCACCCCUGGCUUUAAAGUGAUAUCAUAGUUCUUGAAAUAUAGGGUGUGAAUGUCGCCUAAGUGCCACAAGACUUUUGACUUGAUCAGUACAGAUCUUUUCUUUUAAAAAAAGCAGAUUAUGGACACAUCCUUUCUCCUGGAAAUUAUUGCUCCUCAUGCUUGUCUUUUUUUUUUUACUCCCCCCACCGCCAUUUUCCCUCAGGAUUGAAGAGGAGCUGGGGAACAAGUCCCGCUUUGCCGGCAGAAACUUCAGGAACCCUCGCGUCAACUAAACCCGCUUUUGGCUCCGACGAGGCUUCCCUCUUUCCCCGACCCACCCCCCCAGUUGCGGUUGAAAGCACUAGUCACCUAAAUUUAGAAACAAAAUAAAGACAAACUAAGGGCAGCUGAUGUGUAGGGGGGAAAGACAAACUUUUUGCAGGUCCUCUCAUCCUAGGCUACAACUCAUCUAGUGCGUUUCAUCUUCCUUCUCUCGCCUCCCCAGCUCUGAUCUGUUGCUUCUUAAAGCGCUUGGCUGCUUUUUGUGAACAGACGACUCCCAACACCCCACCCCACUCUUCCCUAGAGAAUGUUUCAUUCAUCAUAAUGAAACUAAGGAGAAAGAUUUAAGAGUCCCGGUGAUGCUGGCAUGAAAAUUGUAAAGCUGCUGCCGUAUUUUUUGGGGGUAGCCCUAUUCAUGACUGAGGGUAAUAAGUGUUUCUUUCUCCUCUGCUUCCCUCCCCACCCCAUCCCUAAAGCCCCCCACCCCACCCCUCUUAGUGUGUGGAAGCUGUGUAACUUGCAGUGCAGCCUGAGGUACCUGCAAAACAGAAAAUAGUAGUUCUCAUGUGAGGUAAAUAAAAACAGAGAAACGUC